GAGCCCUCUACAGGGACGUCAUGCAGGAGACCUAUGAGAUGGUGACCUCGCUGGGAUUUCCCCUUGCCAAACCUGAGCUUAUCGCCCGCCUGGAGCAAGGGGAAGAGCCGUGGGUGCCCGAUCUCCAGACCUGCGAGGAAAGAAGGCUUCCAAGAUGCCUCCAUACAGAAGGUGCUGAGCGAGGGAAUGAGAAUGGGGAGGAGAAUCAUCAUCAGGAAGUUCCUGGAGAAGUGCAACCCCAGGCGACCUUUGCGGGAGGAGCUGAAGGGAAAUGUUUCAGUCCAAAGUCAGCACGAAAGUCACUUAAGAAAAGCCACACAGGAGAGAGACUCAACAAGUGCUUGGACUGUGGGAAAAGAUUCAAACAGAGGUCAAACCUUGUUCAACAUCAGGCAAUUCACACAGGAGAGAGACUCCACAAGUGCUUGGACUGUGGGAAAAGUUUCAUGCAAAGGUCACACCUUGUUCAACAUCAGUCAGUCCACACAGGAGAGAGACCCCACAAGUGCUUGGACUGUGGGAAAAGUUUCAAACACAGGUCACACCUUGUUCAACAUCAGAAAAUCCACACAGGAGAGAGACUCCACAAGUGCGUGGACUGUGGGAAAAGUUUCAAACACAGGUCACACCUUGUUCAACAUCAGUCAGUCCACACAGGAGAGAGACCCCACAAGUGCUUGGACUGUGGGAAAAGUUUCAAGGAAAGGUCCUACCUUGGUAAACAUCAGGCAAUCCACACAGGAGAGAGACCCCACAAGUGCUUGGACUGUGGGAAAAGUUUCAUACAAAGGUCAGACCUUGUUUGUCAUCAGUCAGUCCACACAGGAGAGAGACCCCACAAGUGCUUGGACUGUGGGAAAAGUUUCAUACGAAGGUCACACCUUGUUUGUCAUCAGACAGUCCACACAGGAGAGAGACCCCACAAGUGCGUGGACUGUGAGAAAAGUUUCAUAAGAAGGUCACACCUUGUUCGACAUCAGGCAAUCCACACAGGAGAGAGACCCCACAAGUGCUUGGACUGUGGGAAAAGAUUCAUACAAAGGUCAGACCUUGUUUGUCAUCAGGCAGUCCACACAGGAGAGAGACCCCACAAGUGCUUGGACUGUGGGGAAAGUUUCAUACGAAGGUCAGUCCUUGUUACACAUAAAGUAGUCCACACAGGAGAGAGACUCCACAAGUGCUUGGACUGUGGGAAAAGUUUCAGACGGAGAUCAGCCCUGGUUAAACACCAGAAAAUCCACACAGGAGAGAGACUCCACAAGUGCGUGGACUGUGGGAAAAGUUUCAAACACGGGUCACACCUUGUUCAACAUCAGUCAGUCCACACAGGAGAGAGACCCCACAAGUGCUUGGAUUGUGGGAAAAGUUUCAUACAGAGGUCAGAGCUUGUUAGACAUAAAGUAGUCCACACAGGAGAGAGACCCCACAAGUGCUUCGACUGUGGGGAAAGUUUCAUAAGAAGGUCACACCUUGUUUGUCAUCAGUCAGUCCACACGGGAGAGAGACCCCACAAGUGCUUGGACUGUGGGAAAAGUUUCAAACACAGGUCACAGCUUGUUUGUCAUCAGUCCGUCCACACAGGAGAGAGACCCCACAAGUGCGUGGACUGAGAGAAAAGUUUCAUAAGAAGGUCACACCUUGUUUGUCAUCAGUCAGUCCACACAGGAGAGAGACCCCACAAGUGCUUGGACUGUGGGAAAAGUUUCACAUGGAGAUCAGACCUCAUUCAACAUGGGAGAAUCCACACAGGAUGUAAAGUUCUGUGACACAUGGCAUGAGCCCCAGAGGGACAGACGGUUCCACGGGCAGUCCUCCUUCGAUACCCCAUUAGAGAUUUCAAAAGGUCUCUUACCUCUUGAUUGGCGCCUUGGGGUUCGAAGGGGAACAGUCCGCAGUAGCUGCCGCUGGCUGAGCUGGGCGUUACCAUCCGAGUCACGGCAUCAAUAAUUGUGGAAGAAAACAGAGUUUUUACUUUUAGGUUGAUUGUAACAAAUCAGAGACAGUUUAUUCUUAAGCAAUUGCAAGAGGGGAACUGCACACCCAGGCAGGGAAUCUCUCUUACUCCAGGUAGGGCUCCAAAGAUAAACAGUUGGAGCAAGACUUUCUACCUUUUUUUUUAAUCGACAAUAAUGAUUAUAGCUGAACAACCUUGCCACUUGCUGAAUCCAGAAAACAGGAUCUACAUAAAGGUCCAUCAGCGAAAGACCGCCCUGGCUCCAUGCUGGAAAGGCCCUUGUCAAGUCCUGCUGACUACCAACACCGCUGUAAAAUGCCAAGAACUGACUGCCUGGACCCGUGCUUCUCACUGCAAAAAGGCCUCUCCACCUCAAGAGGACUUUACGACUGAUGAUCAGCCUGUUUCUCCUUCUGGUGCUGCUGUUUCUUUUGGGCAGCAGAAAAAAAGGAUAAGUUAAAGUGUUAGUAACCUCUUCCUUGUCCACUGACAGAACUACCAUGCAUUUGAUUUGUGCUAAAAAACCUAAAGCAUUACAGGGUGAUGUGCUAGUAACCUCUCCCCUGCAAAAUGCUAAACCACCACUGUGCCAAGAAGUAGGAACACUUACUCUACUGAAACCACCAAAGCCCAGGGAUUUCUGACCACAAAGAACAUUAAAAACUGGCACUGGUGGGGGAAAAAAAAUAUUGUAUACUAGCAAGAAGGAAAUUAUGGGGACGAGUCUUGGUUAGUUAGGAUUAUAGGGGAAAGUGUCAGAGUGGCCACCAGUGAGAGUUGCUGGCCACACUCUGAGGCCACCAAAUUUGGUCAUGAGAUCCCCUGGGCCAGAUGCUCAUGAUGGGCCCUUCUGAUCAUAGCGCCUGGGAGUGGAACAGGAGACAGGUGUGACGACACAUUGCAAAACCCUCACGUUUUGCUACUAGUUGCAGUUUCUGCCGCACAACGUGACCAUCUGGGCUCCUGCUCAGGACUUGCUACCGCCUGGUCCAUAGGGUUGCGAAUCAGGAGGGACAGGGUUUGUGGUCGAAAACACUCACAUUCUGCUUCCUCUUGGCUAAUGUGCCAAAUUGACCUAUUGCAGGGGUCUGGGGGGUUCUGCAUUUUAAUUUAA